GCUAACCAUUCAUGCACCAACACAAAUAAACACACAAAACAACCAUGAAGCCUACAAUAUUGCUCACCCUCUCUGUCCUUCUCUUUGCCUUCAGUACCACUUACAUAAUUCCAUUAGCCUUCUCACAAGUUCCUGACCUAGUGAAGGACAUAAAUGGAAUCCCCCUUAGCUCUGAUGGCAAAUACUACGUCCUUCCAGCUAUUUGGGGCCCGACAGGUGGCGGAGUAAGUCCCCGAGUAACUGGGAACCAAACAUGCCCAGUUACCGUUCUACAAUCUUAUUAUGAGGUUGAGAAUGGCAAGGGAGUGAAAUUUGAACACUUUCCCAACAUUGGCAUCAUAUAUGAAGGGGUGCCACUGAAGAUUUAUUUUGCGAAUAUAUACGGUUACUGUGCCGAAUCCACCGAGUGGGUGGUGGUUUCUGAUGAUUUCCCUACACCAUGGGUGGGUAUUGGUGGUGCUGCAGACCAUCCAGGAAAACAAAUCGUGAGUGGUUUGUUUGACAUUCAGAAAUAUGAUAAUUUUUCGUACAAGCUUGUGUUCACUCACAUCAACGGAGGCUCACCUGGGCGUUCUAUUGAUAUUGGAAGGCGUGAUGAUAAGAAUGGAAGGCGUCUCAUCUUGGCUCAAGACGAUGAUUAUACCUUUCAUGUUGUGUUUGUUCGUGCUAAUGAUGAUGCUGGUAUCAAUGGAAUUAAGUCCGUAGUUUAAUUUGAAAUAAACAUGUCCAUGAACGCACCCACGCACUUAGAUAUUGUUCAAUAACUAGUAUGACAUCGAGUAUGGAUCAUGCUUUUCCUCUAAUAUGCUACGCAAAUUAGUAAUAAAAUGUUGUGUUUGCUUUUGAUGUUA